AUGACCUUUGCUGAGUUCAAAACCCUGUUUCUCGACAAGUACUUUCCCACGCCUCUUCGCUUAGCCAAGGAACAAGAGUUCCUGAACCUAAAACACGGAACGAUGAUGGUCACCCAGUACGCGGCCAAAUUCAAAGAACUGUCCCGCUACGCCAUAACCUCCAUACCUACUGAAGACAAGAAGGCAAGAAGGUUCGAGUGGGGGUUGACAACUGCUCGAAAGGCCGUAGUAGCCCAAGCUUUUACCACCUAUGUUGAAGUCGUGAAGUGUGCACUCUGGUUAGAGAGUGAGGAGACUGACUUCAAAACCCGAUGGAGGAAGGCGAUAGGCAGCACCGGCGAACCAAUCCGAACCCAACCACCCAACAACAACCGUGGAUCCUACCCUACCAGACCCUUCACCCCGUCACAGAACAACCAACCCUGGAGGACUAGUAUCCCCAGAAAUGGCCAACCAAAGAGAGGUGGUCAAGACAUAGCGACAGUUCAGUGUUUCAACUGUCAGGCUAUGGGUCACUAUAAGUGCGACUGCCCCCAACUACAAAGAGAAAGGAAUGAGAACUUUGGAAAUCAGAAAGCUCAACAACCUGGAUCGGCCGAUUUUGUGAAACAAAAUAUUGGAGGUCCAUGGCAGCAGUAG